AUGGCGCAUAACGGCGCAUCGUUUACGCAGCACCCCCUAAUUUAUGCAUCCUCGAUCCUCCACAUUCCACCGCCUCAAGAGCUACUCCAACUGGUCGCUAAUUGGAAAAACUACUCUUCUUCUGCGUCCAGGACACCUUCAGCUUUUAAUCGGCCACCGAAUAGUAGCGGUAACGGCAGUGGUCGCAGCGGCCCCUCUGCGGAAGUGCCUCUCAGUGCACGUACAUCUCGAACAGCCACACAGUCCGUGACGGUGAAGCAAUGCAACUGUCAAAAAUCGGGUCCGAUAUGGACCGACGCUCAAACAGAGAUAAUGGCUCUGAAUUCGUCGAGCCAGACUACAGGUGGCUCCACUACCUCAGUCUCAGGUGCACAGUCGGCCGAGAGUGUGAGACGAUUUGACUUCCGAAAGCUGGCAGACUCUUGCCUGAGGUCUACAAGAGAUCAGUCCACACUGAAGACUGUUGAAGGGACAGAAAGGCGCCAGAAAUGCUUUCCCAAACUGCGAUUUCACUACCCACUCUUAACCACCCGCUCCACAACCAACAAGUGCAGAACGAAAAGGCAGUACAUAUGCCGUUUUUGCUACCGACAAUUCACUAAGUCCUACAAUCUUCUCAUUCAUGAACGAACUCACACAAAUGAGCGACCCUUUUCGUGUGAGGUUUGUGGAAGGGCAUUUCGAAGGCAGGACCAUCUACGCGAUCACAAAUACAUACAUAGCGCAAAGAAGCCAUUUGCCUGUGAACUUUGCGGGAAGGGAUUCUGUCAGUCGCGAACACUUGCGCUGCACAAAAUAACUCAUUUUCCAAACUAA